AAAGUCUUGUGAAAAGUUUUGGAUCGGUUUUUUAUAGUUUAAUCAAGUUUGACGAUCUUUUAAAGCAGACGUUAAAGGAUUUAGUAAAAACAAUUAAUUUUCUGGAAUUAUCGUGCAAAACCAUCUGUUAUAACUGAUCCUCUUUCUGUUCGAAAAUGUCUUCGACACCAUUUUCUCAAUACGCUCGUGUUGAUCGCGCUGAAUCGUCUUCUUCACCACCUCUUAUAGAAUUUUCUAAUGAAGAUUCCGAAAGUUCUUCUAGUCGACUUGUAACAUAUGACGGUCAAUUUGGUGAACAGUUAAAUUCAAUAGCUAGUACUUCCUCUUCGACCCAACCAGCUACUAGUAUUGAUCUUACAACGAGUAAUAAUAAUUUUGAGGAAACAGAACAUAAGAGAUGUUGGAUUUGCUUUGGUGAAGAUUCUGAUAGCGAGGGAAAAUGGGUUAAAGCAUGCAGGUGCUCAUUAAUAAGUCAUGAAGAAUGCCUGUUAAAUUGGAUAACAGAAAAACAGAGAAAUACAGCUCUUAGAAAGGUUCGAUGUCCUCAAUGCAAGACCGUAUAUCAUCUUGCCGAACAAACUUCAUAUCUUUUAAAAUUCCUUACCGUCGUAGAUUCUACGAUUCAAUCUUCAAUCCCAUAUUUCACCAUUUUUGGUGUUACAUUUGCUGUUGCAAUUACUAAUAUUCAUUAUGGGGCAUAUGCCACAAUUACAAUGGUAGGCCUUGAAGAAGGAGAGCGACUUUUGGAAGAACCAUGGAGCUGGAGGAUAUGUUUUACUCUUCCUCUUGUCCCUGUAUUUCUUAUAUUUUCGAGAGCUCGUUUUGCCGAUCCUGUUAUGCCUCUUAUUCCCAUGUUAUUUAUAAGGAUGAACCAACUGAGGUUAACUAUGCCCCCAAAUCCAUCUUUUACAAUUUCCCUAUUACCAUGGGCUAGAAUUAUUUACAAUUGGUCAUAUCAACGAGCAUUUGGUCGUCUUGAACAAGAAUGGCGCUCACAACUUGAACCAUAUAUUAAUCCGACUGAAAUUGAAAAUGGCGAGAACGGUAAUAUUCGGCCUCGCAAUGAUCAAGAUGUCUUGGAUCGUUUAGAUCGCAGUAAUGCUGGCCGUAAAAUUGUUGGAGCGUUAUGCUUACCAUUCAUCUCUGCUAUGGUUGGAAGUUUCCUUGGUAAAUUCCCAUUUGUUCGUGGGCGUAUUCCUGACACAUUUCAUCGAAAUAUACUCGGUGGAUGUCUUUUCAUAGUAUUCAAGGAUAUAAUGACUCUUACAUACAAGUAUCAAAGAGCAAAGCAUCGACGUACACGUCAUGUCAGGGAAUAUUCUGAAUUCGCAAAUGAAAGCAGGCAAUGAUCUUUGAGGUGAUCAUUUAUUUGGGAUAACAAUUUUUUAAAGUUUAAAAUAAGAACAAUUAUAAUAAUAUUGUAACAGUAUUAAUCCCCAAUCCAAUUUUGAAUUUUUUUUUCUUUUUUUUUAAUGGUUUUGUUUUUUUCUCCCUU